AUGCGAUCACUUCAUUCUGUUAACCUCCAGGGAAUACCAGCCCAUUCUGUUAACCUCCAGGGAUUACCAGCCCAUUUUGCUCCAGCUCUCCUUAUGGGAUAACCCUGUCAUCACAGGAAUCAGUCUUUGUUAUAUCCCUUGGAAGGCAAGUUGUGUCAUGAUCAAAGCCUGUGGUUCCUGGCGUCGACUUGCGAACCCCCUCUGCACUUCCAGAGUUGGACACCGACCAGCUCUGUGGAUUGAGGUGAUUGAUCUGGACCCUUGAUCAAGUUCCACAGAGGGAGAGAGAGAGAGAGAGAGAGGUGCAGGACCUGGACCCGGCUCUUUGCCAACAGCAGAUCUUACUCUGGAUUUGGAUCGUUACACUGCAGUGGUCCAUGGGGCAAAGUUUUUCAAUUGACCUCACAAGGCCCAACACCAUGAAGUUCAUCAGCAUUGUCCUGGCAUUGACAGUUCUCACUGGGUCUCAGGCCUUCACGUUUCCAUGGCAACAUGAGCACCGCACGAGGUUUGAGGAAGCCAAAGCUGCAUUUUGGGACUAUGUCAGCCAAGCAACCGAUAUCGCUCAGGAGAACAUUGAGGCCAUCAAGCAUUCAGAUAUGGGAGCGGAAAUCAAUGAAAAGAUCAGACAGAGCAUGGACAACGCCAAUCUCUACGCACUCGAGUUCAGCAAGGUGAUGAACCCUCUUGCCCAGGACCUGGUGGACAACCUGAACACCAAUGCCGAGAUGAUGCGUCAGCAAAUUGUGCAGAACCUGCAGGAAGUGAACCAGAAGUUGUCCCCCUACACCGAGCAGCUGAACGAGAAGCUCAACGUGGGCCUGGAGAACCUGCGGGAGACCCUGAGGGAGCAGGUCGACCUGAACCCCGAGACCAUCCGCAGGGACCUCUCAGCCGGAGUGGAGGAGCUCCAGGAGAUGAUCCAGCUCAGCAUGGAGACCUUCCGGGAGAAGACGGCGCCUUACUCCGAGGAGAUCCAAGUGAAAGUGAGCCAGGGCAUCGAGCAGUUCCAAAAGGGCCUCAUCCCCUUCGUGUCAGAGCUCCAGGUCAAGAUCGUGCAGAAGGCCCAAGAGCUGCAGAAGAACCUCGUCCCCUACGCUGAGGACUUGAGCGGCAAGCUGAGAAGCUAUGACCAGCAAAUGCGGGAAAAGCUGAAUUCCGUGUGGGAAGCCACAGAACAGGCCGUCUAACUCUCCCUCUCCAAUGAAUUAAUGUUCCAGAGAUUGCCUUUCUCUCUCUUCUCUGAACCAACUGAAAAUUCCCAAUCUUCUAAACUGUAAAUUCUCCUCAA